CACGUCUGCUCUGCGGGAGCCACCGGCCCCUGGCUGGACAAUGCCUGUGGAGGAGUUUGUGGCCGGCUGGAUCUCCGGAGCGCUGGGCUUGGUGCUGGGACACCCCUUCGACACCGUGAAGGUGCGGCUGCAGACCCAGAGCACAUACCGAGGCAUCAUCGACUGUAUGGUCAAGACCUACCGCCACGAGUCGAUCCUGGGCUUCUUCAAGGGGAUGAGCUUCCCCAUCGCCAGCAUAGCCGUGGUCAACUCGGUCCUGUUCGGGGUCUACAGCAACGCCCUGCUGGUGCUCACGGCCACCUCCCACCACGAGCGGCGCCUCCAGCCGCCCAGCUACACGCACGUCUUCAUAGCCGGCUGCACCGGGGGCUUCCUCCAGGCCUACUGCUUGGCCCCUUUUGACCUCAUCAAAGUUCGGCUACAAAACCAGACAGAGCCAAGGGCACGGCAGGGGAGCCGCCCACCCCGGUACCGGGGGCCCGUGCACUGUGCGGCCUCCAUCUUCCAGGAGGAGGGGCCGCGGGGGCUGUUCCGGGGAGCCUGGGCUCUGACGCUUAGGGACACCCCCACACUGGGAAUCUACUUCGUCACCUACGAAUGGCUCUGUCGCCAAUCCACACCAGAUGGCCAGAACCCCAGCUCAACCACAGUGCUGGUGGCAGGGGGCUUCGCAGGCAUCGCCUCCUGGGUGACAGCCACCCCCUUGGACGUGAUCAAGUCCCGGAUGCAGAUGGCCGGGCUGGAGCAGCGGGAGUACCAGGGGCUGCUGGACUGCAUGGUGAGCAGCGCCCGGCAGGAAGGCCUGGGGGUCUUCUUCCGGGGGCUGACCAUCAACAGCGCCCGCGCCUUUCCCGUCAACGCCGUCACCUUCCUCAGCUAUGAGUACCUCCUCCGCGCGUGGGGAUGAGGCUGCGCAGGCGCUGCCCGCAGCUCCCGGUGGGACGGAGCGCCACCCACCUGCCCAGGCUGGAGGCCGAGUUGAAGCACCAGGUUGAGAUUUCAAUGCGAGAGUCUCAGCCUUCCUGUGGAGGCACCUCCGGGCCUGGAAGGUGCAGAGGGGGCUGGGGAGGUGGUGAGGAGCAGGCCCCGCCCCCGGCCCCAAUUCCUUCCUAGACAA